AUGACUUUCGGCGAAGAUUCCCGGCAUCAAAGCGACGAGUCUGGAGCGCUCAAAGCGCGCAAGGCUUGCAUCAAUUGUCGCAAGCAGAAGAUGAAAUGCGUUAUUCAGGGUAAUAACGAAACGUGCAGACGAUGUCGUCGCGCAGGUCUGCCUUGUGUUUUUGUGCCUAGGGCGAAUGCAGCGCAAUUACCAUCUGCGUCUGAACCUUUGGAUCUAGAGUUCAAGAAUAAUGUUCUUUCGAGACUUAAAAUUGUUGAAGAGCGAUUGGGUCUUAUGGGUGAGAGUAGUAUGAGUAUGGACAUGUUUUCUGGUGUACAGGAACAAUCGCCUGAGGCUGGUGAUGGACCGCUUUGGAAUGCGAUUCUACAGCUGCAGAGGUGUUGCAGUGGAUUGCCUUCUGAAAUAUGGCACCGCGAUACUGUGGAGUCACUAUGGUCAUCGUUCCAUGAUAGAAUGCCCGGAUUGCAUUUCAUGCCCGACAAACAGACAUUCUCAGCACCGCAACCCGUUUUACUCGCUUCUAUACUCUACUGUUCAAGUACACGAGGUCCACCAGAUAUGGUCGACAUCGCGCCUCAUUUCUUCACAGUCCUAUGCACAGCUAUUGCUCAAUUGAGCAUUCCAUGUAGUGAGAUCGGACGACCCAUCGAGGCUUCUGUAUCUCGCGAAGAAUGGUCUUUCCAAACUGUACUUGGAAUAGUACUGGCCGGUCUACUUACGGAAGGAAACAUAAGAGAGACUGGCAAUUGGAUAUCUGUGGGCUAUAGACUAAUGCUGGACUAUUGUCCUGCGCACGUCGACGACACUUCGAGGGAAUGGCGAAAGCUGUUCAGCGGUAUACAAAUUGUUGACCUCGAACACUCGUCAAUUCAUCUCGCCUAUCCAGUCAUACCCAUUGAAGCACCACUCGCUACACUACGAAUGUCCCCUCUCGAUCAACUAUACAAGUUAUCACGUAUGAUGCACACAGGUCUUAGUCACUUCACGGGACGAAGGUUGCCAACAAUAUGGUCAUGCUUCGAAGAUUCACCAUUUGACAAUCAAAACUUUACUACCAGCUUCACAGCUAUCGACGGUGUACUCAUUAGAGACUGGGCGAAACAGCUAGACGAUUGGUUGGUGGAGUUCAAUGGCAAGACACCAGAGCCGGAUCAAAGCAGUAAACUCGUUCUCCGACAAUAUGUUUUACACCGACUUCUCGUACUGUCAAUUUACCAUCCUGCUAGAAGUGGUAAUUUAUGGGCGCAGAGUAUUACAUCUCAUGAGCAAGAAGAAUUACUUUUGUCAGCUCGCGCGACCCUUAAGCUGCAUCAACAUGAUGAUUCAAUCUGGUCCAAUUGGGAUUUGAUCAUUAUUACUUGGGCUGCUUUGAUCGUUCUGCAAGGUAUACAAGGUGGCGUUGGAGAAAUGGAGGACAUGACAAACAUCAAACUCCAUCUCGACAUCCUGAAACAAAAGAAUGAGCCAAAACCAAGCCUUUGCGACAAACUUAUCGCGCGCUUGGAAGAAAGCCUCCAAGAAGUCAGCACGCCUGAUUUCUCGUAUGUUCAACCAGCGCAUCCAUCGGUCAUGGAUCCCAGCUUCGACUACACUUGGCAGAUCUUUGAUCAGGUCAAUUUGCAACAUAUCCAAUUUCCUGGUUGA